GUGGGAUGCUUAGACUCGUGGCCCACGACAUCGUGGCCAGGCGAGUGGUGUCCCCCUGCUUCCCAGCUGCCAGCUGAGUGCCUCCGUGCCCGAGAAGAGAGAAAGAGGCGGAAGAGGAAACAUGAGCGUGCUGUUGCUUCUACUGAGCGGCAUUCUGUUUGCUUUUCUGUUUGUCUUCUGGAAAAGCCGCUUUCAGAGCAGCGUUGGUGAAAUGUCAUCAAAUUCAACUUCUCUUGCACUAGUAAGACCAACCUCUUCUACUGGGUCAACUAAGAGCGAUACUGAUAAGAGUCUUUCAGUCAUCAGCCUCUCUCGGGAUAUCUUAAUUAAUUCCCCACACACCAUAACCAUACAGAAGCGAAUACUGGUAAACCUCGGGAUCGUGGAAUACAAGCUGGCUGAACUGGAACAUUUCCUAGUUAUCAAGGGUUUAAAUGGUGCAUUAAUUAACUGGAAAUCUGACAAGCUUAGAGAAUGUAAUGACAACGGAGGCAAUCAUUAAAGGCACUUUGAGUGAA